AUGGUAACCACCACUACAAGUUCGUAUUUUCACGGCGGCGAUCAAGUUUCUCCGCAGCCGUCAGACAUCGUCCUCCCGGGUCGGGUUGAAACCGUUUUGGAGAAAGUCUACAGCAAACACAAGUGUCCUCCGAUAAACGAUGACUCGAGGCAGAGACUGUCUUCGAUUCCCGAGGAAUCAGCUUUUCAUCUGCUCAGGAAAGCUUUUAACUCGCCGGAAAUGUACAACCUUGACCGGUUCAUCGUGUCUAAGGUUAACCAGUCCGUUACCGUUAGUGGCUCUCCGCGGCAGAGCUCCGCUGAGUCUCCGGCGAAGCCUCCUCCUAGCCCCUCUCGACAACACUAUCAAGAGGAGAUAUCUGUUGAUUCCGAAGCUCCCAAAUCUUUGAAAAGAGAAGACAAUAGAGGAUCAUCUGUGCACAUUCCUCCUCAGAUCUUAGCUUUGAGUGAGCUCCAAUUUAAGAAGGCGUUUCUGUUGCUUAGCUAUAUUCCUGGGCGAUCUCUGGCUGAGGUCAUAACUGCUGAUGAGAUCAGAGAAUGGAAGGAUUUGCCAAUGGCUGCAUAUGAAGCAGCGGUUUGGGACCGGUUGGGACAGAAGUUUUGUUCCCAAACAGACCGAAAAGCGUCACUUGAAUGGGAUAGCGGCAAGACUCAUUACUAUCAGUGCCAUGUCGCUUCGGAUGGUAGUUACACAUUCAAGGGCCCUCUUGUUGAACCCACAGGAACACACCUGCACAAGGUCUUGGGUGAUGAAAAUGUUUUGACUGUCAAAUUUCCGGAUGUCCAGAGAAAGUCGUCAAACUUAUGUUACUCUGCCUACAAAAGGAUUGCCAAAAAUGGUAUCAUGGUUGGUCUACGCCGUUAUCAGUUUUUCGUUUUCAAAGAUGGAGGGAAAGCAGAGAAGGGAGUGAAAUGCUACUUUAUACGCACUGACUCUACAACGUCUAAUGAUCUUGCAAGUCCUUACAUCUUUUCCGGGAUGUCAAUCCAUGAAGCUCGUAUGCAUUUUAUGCAUGUGCAUACAUUGCCAUCUUUAGCCAAAUAUAUGGCAAGGUUUUCUUUGAUUCUGUCAAAGACUAAGAAGCUUGAUGUUGACAUGACUGGGAUUAACUUCAAGGAAAUUGAUGAUAUACACUGCCGUGAUCAAAACAAUAAUGAUGUUCUUGAUAAGAAUGGGAAACCUCGUAUACAUUCAGAUGGCACUGGCUACAUCUCUGAGGACCUUGCUCGGAUGUGUCCUGUGAAUAUAUUUAAAGGGAAAUGUCUCAGAAGUGAUGAUAGUCAGGAAGCCUGUGGCCAAGACCCGCCUCUUCUGAUCCAGUUUCGAAUGUUUUAUGAUGGCUAUGCUGUUAAAGGAACUUUUCUCUUAAACAAGAAACUUCCUCCUCGGACUGUCCAGGUUCGACCUUCCAUGAUCAAGGUGUCUAAAGAUCCAGCCUUGUUAGAUUUUUCCACAUUUGACUCCAUCGAGGUAGUCAAUACAAGUAAUCCACCAAAAAGAACAAAGCUAUCAAGAAAUUUGGUUGCACUGCUUAGCUAUGGAGGAGUCCCUGAUGAGUUCUUUUUGGAUAUAUCACUCAACACACUGGAAGAAUCAAAAACCAUUUUCGACAAUAGACGUUCUGCGCUGAAAGCUGCGCUUAAUUAUGGGGAUAUGGACGAUCAGAACGCUGCACAAAUGAUAAUGGUUGGUAUCCCCUUGGACGAACCACACUUGAAGGAUCAUCUGUCUAUUCUCUUAAAGACAGAGAAGAUUGAUCUCAAAGCAGGAAGGCUUCCCGUUACUGAAUCAUACUAUCUCAUGGGCACAGUUGAUCCCACCGGAGAGCUAAAGGAAGAUGAAGUCUGUGUAAUCCUCGAGUCUGGCCAGAUUUCAGGGGAUGUGUUAGUUUACAGGAAUCCCGGAUUGCAUUUUGGAGACAUACAUGUACUCAAGGCUACAUAUGUUAAGGCCUUGGAGGAGUAUGUCGGAAACUCCAAGUAUGCUGUGUUCUUUUCUCAGAAAGGUCCAAGAUCUGUGGGCGAUGAGAUUGCAGGUGGUGACUUUGACGGCGACAUGUAUUUCAUAUCCCGAAAUCCAGAGCUACUUGAACACUUCAAGCCAAGUAAACCGUGGGUGAGUUUGACUCCUCCGAGUAAAAGUAACUCUACGAGAGAGCCAAGCAAGCUUUCACCAGAAGAGCUGGAAGAAGAGCUCUUCGAAAUGUUCUUGAAGACAAGAUUUCAGGCCAGCAAUGUUAUAGGGAUAGCAGCAGAUAGCUGGUUAACAAUAAUGGACCGGUUCCUCACACUUGGAGAUGAAAGCGCUGAGGAAAAAGCUGAAAUGAAGGAGAGAAUGCUAAAGCUGAUUGAUAUAUACUAUGAUUCUAUUGAUGCACCAAAGAAAGGCGACAAGGUCUAUCUCCCAGACGUGAUGAAGCCUGACAUUUUCCCACAUUACAUGGCGCGGGAUAAAACAUUCAAGUCCACUUCUAUACUUGGAACAAUAUAUGACUUUGUUGAAGCACAUACAGCAGAGGAACACAAAACACCACCUGAAAUCAAGAAACUUCCAUGUUUUAAAGAUGAGACGGUCUCUGAGUUUCAUAUGAAGAAUUGUAGACAGUGGUAUGAGAAGUACAGAGCUGAUAUGACCCAGGCGAUCAUUAGAAAGGAUGGCUCAGUCGAUGAAGUUAUUCCGCGAUACAAGGAGGAGUUCUAUGGUGCUGCAUGGUUUGAAGAAAGCAAGAAAACUCUGGAAGAACUUUACCCGCAAGCUUUGGCGCUUUACAGCACCGUUUACGAUCAUGCAGUCAAAAUGAAAAACGUUCGAAAUUGCGGGUUUGCCUGGAAAGUUGCAGGGCCGGUCCUGUGCAGAUUCUACCUAAAGAAAACGCAGGGAAAAUCUUUACUAUGUUCACUCUCUAUGCUUAAGGAGUUGUGGGGUUGA